UCCAGAAAACUGGAAACCCUAGAGUAUAUAUAAGAAUCUCUGGAAUGUCUCACUAAAAAAUUCAGCCGGGACACUCUUAAUAAACCCUAGUUUCUUCCCUUAACCCCAUUUCUCUUCGCGAAUCAGGAGGGAUUUCUUUCAUCAACACGCGACAUGGCUCCCAAAAGAGGGGUGAAGGCACCAGUGGCGGUGAAGAAUAAGACUGAUAAGGUUGUGAAUCCUUGUUUUGAAAAGCGUCCAAAACAGUUUGGCAUUGGUGGUGCGUUGCCUCCAAAAAAGGAUUUGCAUAGGUUCGUGAAAUGGCCAAAAGUUGUCCGCAUUCAGCGUCAGAGGAGGAUACUCAAGCAACGUUUGAAGGUUCCACCUGCUUUGAACCAGUUCACUAAAACCCUAGACAAAAACAUUGCUACAAACCUAUUCAAAAUGUUGCUCAAGUACCGUCCAGAGGAUAAGGCUGCUAAGAAGGAAAGACUAUUGAAAAGAGCACAGGCUGAAUCAGAAGGAAAGACUGUCGAGGCAAAGAAGCCGAUUGUUGUGAAAUAUGGGCUUAACCACAUUACCUACCUCAUUGAGCAGAACAAGGCCCAGUUGGUGGUUAUUGCACAUGAUGUGGAUCCCAUCGAGCUUGUUGUCUGGUUACCUGCUUUGUGCCGAAAGAUGGAAAUCCCAUAUGCUAUUGUGAAGGGCAAGGCUCGUCUUGGAGCGAUUGUCCAUAAGAAAACUGCCAGCGCACUGUGCCUAACAUCAGUUAAGAACGAGGACAAGAUGGACUUUAGCAAGAUUGUAGAGGCAAUUAAGGCUAACUUCAAUGAUAAGUUCGACGAACACCGAAAGAAGUGGGGUGGUGGUAUUAUGGGUUCCAAGUCACAAGCAAAGACCAAGGCUAAGGAAAGAGUCUUAGCAAAGGAAGCUGCACAAAGGUUGAAUUAGAUAUUAGUUGAAGAUAAAAAAGACCAUCUCGUGGGGAGUGGGAAUUAACCGAAAUUUGUAGCUACAUAUAAUUAAGAUAUUAGUCAUUUGCUUUUUGUAGUUUUGGUCCGGAGAGGCAUUUUUAUUUCUGGUCUAGUGCAAAUUUUAACUGAUUCUCAGAUCUUUCUCUAUAUGAAGUCGAGUUUAUUACUCCAAAUUUGUUUUUUUCUCUA